AGAGCCGCCUCAGGCCACACGGUCAUUUUAAAAUGCACAACAACCGAAUCGCUUUCAGCAACGCCAACUUCGACUGGAGCGACAUGAUGUUCCAGCAGCUGCUGCAUCACUACAGAGCAAUGCACCAAAACACUCAGGCCCUGCGUGACUUCACUCCGUUCUCUAGGGUAAUGAAAUCUCAUGGGAGAGGUAUUGGAUCAGUCUCCCAUGAAAAGGGAAAAGGACAAGUUACAUCCAGAGGAGAGGAAAUAGGACAAGUCACAGGACGCGUCAGGUUAGCUCAGAACGAAGCAGGACUUCUCAGAACAGUAUUCAAAAGGAAGGAUGUAGGACAAGUUAGGCCAGUUCCCCAGAAGGGUAACAGACAGCGAGUUAGCGCAAAUUUUUCAGUGAAGGAAGAUGAGCAAGUCAGGUCGGGGACACCAGAAGCAGGACUAGAAAAAAUCAUGGACACAGGAGAGGAAGCAGAACAAGUCAGGUCAAUGCCAGAAACGAGAAUCCCAGGCAGAGAAACACAAAUGGUGACGAGGACCUUCCGGGAUCAUCUGGUGCCUCAGGAGAGUGGUGAUGGCGGGGGUCUGUGGUGGUGGGACACAUUCCUGCCCCUCAACCAGGCUGAGAUCUCAGAGUGUGAGGAACUGUACAAGCGAGGCCUGACCAACCACCCGUUGUAUAAGAAUAAUCUUUUAUUAUGCAAAGACUCCAGUCACGCAGGCAGUGCCACGACACAUGACCUCGUCACAAUGAUACUGAACCUCUUAUGCAACUCCGUGUUGGCUCUACCCAGUACUUACUGCUGCAACUGAGUCCGUAUGGUAUGAAGCCUGGCUGAGAGAGCACAGAAUUUGUUUCGCUAUUGAAAGACAGAAAGAAUCCAGCCUCUGCUUCUGAAUGA